AUGGAUUCCCCGCCGCCUGAGGAUAACAUACUUGAGCUAAUGUCAAAUCUCGACAAGACCCAAUUGGAGAAGCUUUGGAAGCUACGUAAGUUGACGAGUCUUAACGAGGACCAAGUACAGGAGCUGCAGAGGCUGCACUACCUCUACGAACUCGGAUUUCUCAUCGACCUAGCCAAGAAAGCACCUGACGGCAUCCAUAAUCUGGUAUGCGACAGACUCGACACACAGCCCGUUGAUGAUUAUGUGACUGAUUUCGAGAUCCGGCGCGGCAUUUUUUACCGAAUCACACGUGUUGCGUGCUGGUCGGCACGCGGCGGGAUUAAUGCAGCGCUAUUUGCAGUCCUCAUGGUGGCCCCGGUGCAUGUUUUACAGUCGAAACUUGCUGCGUUGGAGGAUAGCUACUAUGAUCGCAAAAACCAGACUGAAGUCGAUGAGAUGCUUUCUCAAUGGCAAAUCACGAGUGUAAACGGCAUCCAAGCAUUUGUUAAUAAAGGAGGCUCUCAAAAAGGAGUGUCAGCGGCGGCACCAUUGAUGGCAAAUAGUCAACCGAUCAUUCUUCAACCAGCGCCGACUGCUCAAUCACCAAAUCAUACGCAAAUGUCCGAGGCAGUGAAGCUUUGCAAGCGACGAGACAACAAUAUAUGCUGUUUCACCAGCAUGUCCGACGCACACGAAGCUUAUAUUUUCCCCGUCGACGGAACGGAAAAUACAACUAUGAUAACGGAUAUGCUCGAGAUGUUUUGGGACGCAGAUACAGUGACGCAACUCGUUCCAUUGAUCAAGGACCGUAAUAUUAUAGAAUCUCCUCAAAACCUAAUCUCCAUGAAUGGCCUACUUCAUACCUGGUUCGAUGACUGCAAAAUGGCGCUCAAACCAAUAGGAGAGACAGAAAAUGGCGUUGUCGUUCAAUUUCACUGGCUUAGGGAGGGCAAUUACAAGCCCAACUCUGUCGAAGCGGAUUUCGGCACUUUCACGACGCAAAGUGGCAUUAAUCAAGAGUCGGAUAAUCCGGCUCAUAGACCUAAUUUCCAGCUCCUCAAGAUGUCAUGGGAUCUCCGUCGUGUUGCUGCAAUAUGUGGCGCUGCAGUUGGAGAACCCUGGGAGGAGUCGGAUGAUGAGAAAUACAUGGAUUACUAUAGCGAGGACGAGACUUGUUCAUCUGUUUCAGAAGAGAACAACUAUCCUGAGGUGUUGCGGUGGAGGGAAGAGGUUGAGGGUGGGAUCGAGAUUGAAACUGAUGUCAUGAUUGAAACUGAUGUCAUGAUUGAAACUGAUGUCAAGGCUGAAACUGAUGUUGACAUUGAAACUGAUGUCGAGAUGGAGACGGACGAAGAUGGACAGCCCGGUGAUGAUUUUAAAGAGCCUUUUUAG